AUGCAGCUCUCUCUAGCUCUGUGUCUCAUCUGCUUGAUGGUGCACGCAGCCUUCCGCGUGGUGGAGGGGCAAGGGUGGCAGGCCUUCAAGAACGACGCCACGGAAAUUAUCCCUGACCUGGGAGAGUACCCUGAGCCCCCGCCAGAGCCUGAGAACAACAAGACCAUGAACCGGGCAGAGAACGGAGGGCGGCCUCCCCACCACCCCUAUGAGACCAAAGACGCGUCGGAGUACAGCUGCCGCGAGGUGCACGUCACCCGCUUUGUGUCCGUCGGGCUGUGCCGCAGCGUCAAGCCGGUGACCGAGCUGGUGUGCUCCGGCCAGUGCGGCCCAGCGCGCCUGCUGCCCAACACCAUCCGCCGCGGCAAGUGGUGGCGUCCGAACGGGCCCGACUUCCGCUGCAUUCCCGACCGCUACCGCGCGCAGCACCUGCAGCUGCUGUGUCCCGGCGGGGCGGCGCCGCGCGAGCGCAAGGUGCGCCUGGUGGCCUCGUGCAAAUGCAAGCGCCUCACCCGCUUCCACAACCAGUCGGAGCUCAAGGACUUCGGGCCCGAGGCCGCGCGGCCGCAGAAGGGUCGCAAACCGCGGCCCCGCGCCCGGGGCGCCAAAGCCAACCAGGCCGAGCUGGAGAACGCCUAUUAG